AUGAGUAACGACACAAACAAGAGGAUACAUAAACUAGAUGAUUCAGUUAUAAAUAAAAUAGCAGCAGGAGAAAUUAUAAUUCAACCUGCUAAUGCGUUAAAAGAAAUGUUGGAAAAUUCAAUAGAUGCAAAAUCAACAAAUAUUGAAAUAAUUGUAAAAGAAGGUGGAUUAAAAUUAUUACAGAUUACAGAUAAUGGAACAGGUAUAAAUAAAGAUGAUUUACCUUUAUUAUGUGAAAGAUUUACUACUUCUAAAUUAAAUAAAUUUGAAGAUUUAGAAACUAUUGAAACUUAUGGAUUUCGUGGUGAAGCAUUAAGUAGUAUAUCUCAUAUUUCAAAAUUAUCUGUUAUAACAAAGACUAAAGAUUCAAAUUUAGCAUAUAAAGCUUAUUAUAUGAAUGGUCAAUUAUCAAAUUCAAGUUUUAAAUCAUCUACUAUUGAUAUUGAGCCAAAACCAAUUGCAGGUAGAGAUGGUACUCAAAUUAUAGUAGAAGAUUUAUUUUAUAAUCUACCUUCAAGAUUUAAAGGUUUAAAAAGUAAAAGUGAUGAAUUUGCUAAAAUUAUUGAUAUUGUGGGGAGAUAUGCAGUACAUACUCAACAUGUUGGUUUUAGUUGUAAAAAAUUUGGUGAUCCUUUACAUCAAUUAAAUACUAGAACUGGUUUACCUUUAAAAGAAAGAAUUCGAAUAGUUUAUGGAUCAAAUAUAGCUAAUGAAUUAUUAGAUAUUGAAUUUCUGGAUGAAUUAUUAAAUCAAGAUUUAGGAUUAUUGAAAGUUUCAGGUGCAAUAACUAAUGCAAAUUAUAAUAAUAAAAAAAAAAUUCAACCUAUUAUAUUUAUAAAUCAUAGAUUAGUUAAUUGUGAUCCUUUAAAAAGAGCAAUUAAUUCAAUUUUUCAAUAUUUUUUACCAAAGGGAAGUCAUCCAUUUUUUUAUAUUAGUUUACAAAUAAAAACUGAAAAUUUGGAUGUUAAUAUUCAUCCAACAAAAAGAGAAGUUAGAUUUUUAAAUGAAGAAGAAAUUAUUGAAUUAAUAGUUGGUAAAAUUCAUACUAUAUUAUCAAGUGUUGAUACUUCAAGAAAAUUUAAAACUCAAACUAUUAUAAAUAAAAGAAAUUCUUAUGAAUUAGAUGAAGAAAAAAUUGAAGAAUUUAAAAAUCAACCUUUGAAAAAAUAUAGACAAGAAAAUAAAUUGGUUAGAGUUGAUGCUACUCAAUCGAAAAUUAAUCCAUUUUUAGUUAAACCAGAAUCUUUGAAUGAUUUUAAAUUUACUGAAAAAAAUUCAACUUCAACUCAAGAACAACUGCAACGACAACAACUGCAACAACAAGGUUUACAAUUUCCUGAUGAUAUAUUACUUACAACUCAAUCUCAAUCUCAAAUAGAAAUAAACCCAUCAAGAACACAAGUUGAUGUUAACCUAGAUUCAAUAAGAAGUUUAAAACAAGAAUUAUCAGAAUAUGUAGAUAAAUCAAUAACAAAUAUUUUUAAUCAUGCAAUUUUUAUUGGUAUAAUAGAUCCAUUAAAAAGAUUAUGUUGUUUUCAAUAUGAUGUUAAAUUAUUUUUAUGUGAUUAUGCUUCUAUAUUAUUAGAAUUUUAUUAUCAACUUGGAUUAAAUGAAUUUAAUAAUUUUGGAGAAAUUGAAUUUGAUGAACCAAUAAGUUUAAUUGAUAUAUUAAAACCAAUUUAUGAUUUAAAUUCUGAUGAAUUAAUACCAAUGGAUCAAGUUAUAAAUAAUAUUGCAUCAAUGAAAGAAAUGUAUAAAGAAUAUUUUCAAAUUUAUAUAGAUGAUAAUGAAAAUUUAAUUACAAUUCCAAUGAUUUUAAAAAAUUUAAAACCAGAUUUUAAAAAAUUACCAUUUUUUAUUUAUAGAUUAGGUACAAAAAUUAAUUAUAAAAAUGAAAAACAAUGUUUAAAUGGUAUAUUAAGACAAAUUGCUUUAUUUUAUUUACCUGAACCAUUUAAUGAAGAUGAUAUGUUACCCCAUGAAUUUGAAACAAAAAGAUCUGAAUUGGAAAAUCAAUUAGAAAAUUUAUUAUUUCCUGAAUUAAAAAAACAAUUUUUAGCUACUAAAAUUUUACAACGUGAUUUAAUUCAAAUUGCUGAUUUACCUGGAUUAUAUAAAGUUUUUGAAAGGUGUUAG